AGUCCGCCUUCGGUCAGCGCUGCCUCGGCAGUCCGGGCAGGCGGCAGCACCAGCCCUCGGGCCGGGAUGAGCUGACCGGGGAGAGGACGGCGAGCCCGGGCCGUGCGCCCGUGCAGCCCACGCCGCGCGCAGUGAGAGCUUGCGUUCAGCCGACUCUCAGUGCAUUUCCGUGGAACUGCUUGUCUGGUUGACGAAACCUAGGGCACCUGAGGGAAAGGGGGGUCGUCUCAGGCUAUGCGGAGGGCGUUCGAGAUCCUGGUCGCGGGGAGGCGACUGGGCACAAGCAACAGCAAUAAAGGGGUGACGGACCGGCCAAAUCACUUGGGGUUGUCUCUUAAUCCAUGGAUAAAGUGGGGAAAAUGUGGAAUAACUUCAAAUACCGGUGUCAGAAUCUCUUCGGUCAUGAGGGAGGAAGCCGUGGUGAGAGCGUGGACAUGAACUCCAACCGAUGUCUGUCUGUCAAAGAAAAAAGCCUGAGUGGGGGGGACCCAGCUCCCCAGCAACAAAGCAGUCCCUUAAGAGAAAAUGUUGCCUUACAACUGGGGUUAAGCCCUGCAAAGAGCUCUGCCAGGAGAAGCCAGAACUGUGCUGCAGAAAUCCCGCAAAUCGUUGAAAUCAGCAUCGAGAAGGAGAACGAGGCGGGCGGGCCGCCCGGGACCAGGCUUGCACGGAGAGAUUCUUACUCUCGGCACGCUCCGUGGGGUGGGAAGAAGAAACAUUCCUGUUCUACCAAGACCCAGAGCUCGCUGGAUAACGACAAGAAAUUCGGGCGAGCCCGGGGCGGACUGCCGAGGAGAGAGCGGCGCUGUGGGGCCAGCUCGGCGCACGACCUGGACAGCGUUUCCAGCCGAGCCGUGGGGAGCCGCUCACUGCGGCAGCGGCUGCAGGACACCGUGGGCUUGUGCUUUCCGGUGCGAACCUACAGCAAGCAGGCCAAGCCCCUGUUUUCCAACAAAAGGAAGAUCCAUCUCUCUGAACUAAUGCUAGAGAAAUGCCCUUUCCCUGCCGGCUCCGACCUAGCUCAAAAGUGGCAUCUGAUCAAACAGCAUACGGCUCCCGUGAGCCCACACUCCACCUUCUUUGAUACCUUUGAUCCGUCACUAGUUUCUACAGAAGAUGAGGAAGACCGGCUGCGAGAGAGACGGCGGCUCAGCAUUGAAGAAGGGGUGGACCCCCCUCCCAACGCACAGAUCCACACAUUUGAGGCUACUGCACAGGUGAAUCCGCUGUAUAAACUGGGACCAAAGUUAGCUCCUGGGAUGACUGAGAUGAGCGGGGAUGGCUCUGCAGUUCCGCAGGCCACCUGUGAUUUGGAAGAGGACACCACCACCUUAUGUUUGCAGUCACGGCGGCAGAAGCAGCGUCAGGUGUCCGGAGACAGCCACAUGCACGUGAGCAGGCAGGGGGCGUGGAAAGUCCACACCCAGAUCGAUUACAUACACUGCCUAGUGCCGGACCUGCUGCAAAUUACUGGCAAUCCCUGCUACUGGGGAGUGAUGGACCGCUACGAAGCCGAAGCCCUUCUGGAAGGGAAGCCGGAGGGCACGUUCUUGCUCAGGGACUCUGCGCAGGAGGACUACCUCUUCUCCGUGAGCUUCCGCCGCUACAAUCGAUCCCUGCAUGCCCGUAUCGAGCAGUGGAACCACAACUUCAGUUUCGAUGCCCACGACCCAUGUGUGUUUCACUCCUCCACUGUAACAGGACUUUUAGAACAUUAUAAAGACCCCAGCUCGUGCAUGUUUUUUGAGCCGUUGCUGACGAUCUCGCUGAACAGGACUUUCCCCUUCAGCCUGCAGUAUAUCUGCCGGGCAGUGAUCUGCAGGUGCACCACGUAUGAUGGGAUUGACGGGCUCCCUUUGCCAUCGGUGUUGCAGGAUUUUUUAAAAGAGUAUCAUUAUAAACAGAAAGUUAGGGUCCGCUGGUUAGAGCGAGAGCCAGUCAAGGCCAAGUAAACCCUCCUGUUCCCCAAGGGCAUUAGCUAGGUCUACUUUUGCGGGCACCAGGCAGUCCAGCUGUAGCAAGCACAGGGUUGGUGCCAGGUUUAUCCCACAAAGCGUGUAAAGACAGCGUUGGUUUCUCUCAGAUGCGGCAUGCUGUUACUCAGAGCAGUGUGGGGCCUAUUGAAGCUGCAGGCUAGAACUCAAGUGCUGGGUAAGAUUGCAGCCCAUUUUGCCGAUUUAGCCAAGUUUGGGUUUUUAAUGGCCAUGGUAACUGAGGGAAGCAACUCUGGGGCAUUUGCUAUGAAGAAUUCUAUUUCUUACUGAAGAACAAAUUAUUAAUAAUGGAUGAGCAUUUCAACAGUGUGACUAAUGUUUAAAAUAUUUUUUCUAAGAGUUUUUCUAUAACCUUCCAAAAGUAGUGAUGUUUGUAGUUACUGUAAGUCAAGCUUUGAAAGUCCAACAGAAUUUAAAGAAAAAAAAAACUGCCUUCCUUUUAGAAAAAAAAAAUGCAAUUUUCUGGCCGUAAGGGCAUAGUGCAGUUCUCUUAGGUAUUGAAGUAGUUUAUAGUCAGCGUACUUUUAUCUUCUGCAAAAGGUACUGCUAAGUAAACCAGGUUUUCUAAAUAGCUAUUCUUCUUACAGUUCCAGACUUAGAGAGUCAAUGGUAGGAUGUUAUUCAAGGCCCUGGGUAUAAGCUUUUGAAUGAGUGCUUUCACUUAACCACAAGCACUCAGGAUAGCUGCUGCAGUGCAGUGCUGCA